CAAACACGGUCAAAUACAUGGUUAUACUCUACUAACCGAAUAUGCUGCAGGAUCCUUUUUUUCAUCACGCGGUGUGGCCGAGCAUAUGCUCUCAAAAUAUUCUUACCACCAAUCCUUUCUUUACUCCAUAAAAUCCGCAGCCCAUAUAUGCUUUUCGUCAAAUUCACAUAGUUUAUCAUUUCCGCCUGAAUAAAAUUACACGGAAUUUGUAUAUCGAUGAAGUUUGGGAAACGGUUACAGCAGCAGAUCGAGGACACACUGCCAGGGUGGCGCGGCCAGUUCUUGUCCUACAAGGCUUUGAAGAAGUUGGUCAGGGCGAUAUCGGCGGCUCAGCCGGCUGUGCUCGACGGGUCUUUGGCGGAGUCGGCGUUUAUCUUUCGGCUGAACAGUGAGAUUGAGAAGUUUAAUGCCUUCUUCAUGGAGCAAGAAGAGGAUUUCAUCAUCCGCCACAGGGAGUUGCAUCACAGGAUACAAACAGUUGUUAAUAACCAGGGGCCAUAUCACAUAGAAGAAAUGGUGAACAUCAGGAAAGACAUUAUCGAUUUUCAUGGGGAGAUGAUUCUUCUGAUAAACUACAGCAAUCUUAACUACACAGGCUUGGCCAAGAUUCUAAAGAAGUAUGACAAGAGAACUGGCGGACAACUACGCCCUCCUUUCAUUAAAAAGGUUCUUCAACAACCCUUCUUCACCACUGAUUUGGUUUCUAAAUUGGUGAAGGAGUGUGAGAGCACUAUAAACACCAUAUUCCCAGAUUCGGAAGAAACCAUUACAAUGGGUUUGGGACAAGAGAGGGUUCCACUUACAGGAGAAAGUAUAUUCAGAAACAAUGUUGCUGCUCUUCUCAAUAUGCAAGAAAUCAGAAAAGGAAGCUCGACUUAUAGUCACUUUUCCCUCCCGCCUCUUACUUUAACAGAUUUUGAUCUCAUUCAGUCAUUGCAACUUCCUCCGCUUAUUGCUAUUCCUUGAUGAUUGUACUUUAUAUUAUACUCAGCUCAAUCAUGUUAAGUUGUUAACACUAAUGACUAUCAUUUUAACCUUUUUACUCGUUUCUUAGUUUUGUUGUUGAGGGUGCUAGAGUCAAAACUUGUUCAUGACACAAUUACACAAAGAAAGAAAAUCAGUUAUAUUGUAUGAGAAAAUUACCUUGUAUGACUAUAAGCUUUUAUGUUUCUCAAUGUAUGACUCAUAAUUUCCCCCAAUAUGAUGGCAUAUAAGGUUUCAU